UCUGGUUCACAUUGUUGAAUGUGAGUGAGUUAGAGAGAACCCUACUCCAUCUCAGUCUCAUCCUCUUCAAAAACUGAUUUUCUUAGAUCAGCUCAAUUCAACACUAUCUGCUUUGAGAAGUAUUUCAACAAACUCUACAACAUCUUCUUUCUCCAAAGAACCCUGUAAAACACUCAGAUGCAUUAAGUCAGAACUGUCAAAUUCAUACAAGGAAACAAUUAAGACGAAACCGUCCAUUAUCAAGGGACCAUGGAUCCAAUUGUCUCUACAGCUACUGAAAGUGUACUUAAAAUUACAGCAACUGUGGUCAAACGACAAGUGGGUUACUUUUUUAAUUACAAAGACAAAUUUAAAGAGUUGGAAUCUUACAUUGAGAAGUUGGAACAUAAUAAGGACAGACUACAACAUCAAGUUGAUAAUGCACUAAGGAGUGCAGAAGAGAUUGAAAAUGACGUUCAACGUUGCUUAACGCUCAUGGAUGAUAAGAUAAAAGAAUAUAAAAGUUAUGUUAACGAUGAAAAUCAUGCAAAGACAAUUUUCUCAAUUGGUUUCUUUCCAAAUAAUUUCCGACUGAGGUAUCAAUUGGGUAGAAAAGCUACAAAGAUGGUUGAGGAAAUCAUAGGAGAUGAGCUUUGGAAAACUUCUUUCGACAAUGUUUCGUACCAAGAAUUUCCAUUUAUUGAUGAUACUUUUUCAAACAAUGGUUAUGAAAGCUUUGGAUCAAGAACUAAAACUAUGGAGAUGAUCAUGAAAGCACUGCAAGACUCUACAGUUGGUAUGAUUGGAGUUUAUGGGCCUGGUGGUGUGGGUAAGACCACUUUAGUCAAAGAAAUUGCUAACAAAGCUCGAGAAAAGAUGUUGUUCAAGAUAGUCAUCAUAGCAAAUAUUACAGGAAAUCCUGACCUCAAAAAAAUUCAAGAGCAAAUUGCUGGCAUGCUAGGAAUGAAAUUGGAAGGAGAAAGUGAGAUUGCAAGAGUAGAUCGUAUUCGAAAGAGGUUAAAGAAUGAAAAGGAGAACACCCUUAUUAUCCUUGAUGAUCUUUGGGGUGGAUUGGACUUUAAUAAACUUGGGAUUCCAUGUAAUGAUGAUGCAAGCCAACAAGAAGUCAAUGAUAUGUAUGAUUUUGGUUCCAGCAAUAACAUAUCUGAUUUUGGUUAUAAUAAGACAGAAAUAAAAGAGUUGUCAAAAGUUGAUUUGGAUGAGAUGAAAAAGGAAAAGUUGUCUAAUGAUUAUAGAGGAGGCAAAAUUCUUCUAACAUCUAGAAAUAAACAAGUCUUAUGUAAUGAAAUGGAUGUGCAAGAAAGCUCAAUUUUUUCGGUAGGAGUCCUUGAUGAAAAGGAAUCAGAGACUUUGCUUAAGAAAGUUGCUGGUGUGAAAAAUUCUGAGUUUGAUAGGAAUGCUACUGAAAUUGCCAAAUGGAGUGCUGGGUUUCCAAUAGCCUUAGUUUCCAUAGGAAGGACACUAAAGAAUAAAAGCUUAUCCACAUGGGAAGAUGUCUGUCAACAGAUUAAAAGACAAAAUUUUACAUCAGAAUGGGGAUUUACUGACUUCUCAGUAAAGUUGAGCUAUGAUCAUCUAAAAAAUGAGGAGCUUAAGUGUAUUUUCUUACAGUGUGCAAGAAUGGGAAAUGAUGCUUUGAUUAUGGACUUGGUGAAAUUCUGUGUUGGUUUGAAUUUGCUUCCAGGAGUCCACACAAUUACAGAUGCUAGGAAAAGAAUAAAGGAGAUGAUAAAAGAGCUAGAAGAAUCGAGUUUGUUGGUGAAAAGUUAUUCUAUUGACCGCUUCAACAUGCAUGACAUUGUACGAGAUGUUGCUCUUUCAAUAUCAUCCAAGGAAAAACAUGUGCUUUAUAUGAAAAAUGAAAUACUUGAUGAGUGGCCUCACGAAAAUGACUUUGAAAGGUAUUCUGCCAUUUUUCUACACUUUUGUGACAUCACUGAUGAGCUUCCUGAGAGUAUCCAUUGUCCUAGACUCGAAGUCUUACAUAUUGACAAUAUAAAUGAAUCUUUUGAAAUACCAGAUGAAUGUUUUAAAUCUAUGGUUCGACUCAGAGUGUUGGUACUCACUGGUAUUAACUUAUCUUGCUUACCUUCAUCAAUUAAAUGCCUUAAAAAAUUGAGAAUGCUUUGUUUGGAGGGAUGCACUUUAGGAGAGAACCUAUCAAUCAUUGGUGAGUUAAAGAAUUUAAGAAUCCUUACAUUUUCAGGAUCUAAUAUAGAAAAUUUGCCUCUUGAAUUUGGGCAAUUGGAAAAGCUUCAAUUUCUUGACAUAAGCAAUUGCUUAAAACUAAGACAAAUAACUUCCAAUAUCAUACCGAGGAUGGCCAUUUUAGAGGAGUUUUACAUGAGAGACAACUUGAUUAUAUGGGAGGCUGAAGAGAAUAUGAAAAGUGAAAACGCCAGUCUCUCUGAGUUGAGGCACUUGAAUCAGUUACAAAAUCUAGACAUACAAAUCCACAGUUCUUCCCAUUUUCCGCAGAAUUUGUUUUUUGACAGGUUGAAUAGUUACAAGAUUGUCAUUGGUGAAUUCAACUUGUUUAACUUGCUUAAAGUGGGAGAAUUCAAAGUCCCUGACAAGUAUGAGGAGGUGAGAUUUUUGGCAUUAAACCUAAAAGAAGGUAUUGAUAUUCAUUCUGAAAAAUGGGUUAAAAUGCUGUUCAAAAGUGUUGAAUGUUUGUUGUUAGGAGAGCUCAAUGAUGUUGAAGAUAUAUUCUAUGAAUUAAAUGUUGAAGGAUUUCCAAAUUUGAAACAUUUAUCCACUGUAAACAAUUUUGGCAUUAAGUAUAUUAUCAAUCCAAGGGAGCGGUUUCACUCUUUAGUCGCUUUUCCCAAAUUAGAGUCCAUAUGGCUUUACAAAUUGGAUAAUUUGGAAAUAAUAUGUGACAAUCAGCUUGUAGAGACUUCUUUCCGCAAUUUAAAGGUCAUCAAGAUUCAAACAUGCAUUAAAUUGAUAAACCUUUUCCCAUUUUGCAUAGUUAGACUCCUCACUAAGCUUGAAACAAUUGAAGUGUGUGACUGUGAUUCUUUGAAGGAGAUAGUUUCAAAAGAAAGCCAAACUCAUACUAUCAGAGAUGAUAAGAUUGAGUUUCCCCAGUUACGACGUUUAACAUUGAAGUAUCUACCAACAUUUAUUUAUUUAUAUGAUGUUGAUAAGAUUCCUGGUACUGCACACUCGUUGCAAAACCAAGUAUUCCAACAAAGGAACAAAGAUAUUGUUGUUGAUGUUGAGCACAGGGUCACCAAUUCUUGUCUUCCAUUCUUCAAUGAAAAGGUCUCAACUCCAAAAUUAGAAUGGUUGGAGUUAUAUUCCAUCAACAUCCAUAAGAUAUGGAGUGACCAAUGUAGCCAUUGUUUUCAAAAUUUGCUCACAUUGAAUGUGACAGAUUGCAGUAAUUUAAAGUAUUUACUAUCCUUCUCUAUGGCUGAAAGUUUGGUGAAUCUUCAAAGCAUUUUAGUAAGUGAAUGUGAAAUGAUGGAGGAUAUAUUUUGUCCAGAAAAUGCAGAGUAUAUUGAUGUUUUUCCUAAGUUGAAGAAAAUGGAGAUUAUCUGCAUGGAGAAACUCUCUACCAUUUGGAAAUCUGAUAUUGGUUUACAUUCCUUUCACAAUUUGAACUCUUUGAUAAUAAGAGAGUGCCGUAAACUUGUUACAAUUUUUCCUAAUUGUAUGGGGCAAAUAUUGCAGAGCCUUCAAAGCUUGACAGUUAAAGAUUGCAAAUUGGUUGAAAACAUAUUUGAUUUUGCAAAUAUUCCGCACACUUGUGAUAUUAUUGAAGCAAAUUUGGGUAAUAUUUUUCUUGAAAACCUGCCAAAUUUGGUGAACGUAUGGAAGGGUGACAUCGACGAAAUACUCAAAUGUAAUAAUUUGCAAAACGUAAGAGUUGAUGAGAGUCCAAAAUUGAAAUAUCUCUUUCCAGUUUCUAUUGCCAAUAACCUAGUAAAACUAGAAGUCCUUGAGGUACGGGAUUGUUGGGCAAUGACAGAGAUUAUUGGUUUGGACAAGCAUUCAAGUGAAACUGCUAUCACCUUUAAAUUUCCUCAUCUGAACACUCUAUCAUUAAUAGGCAUGCAUGAAUUGAGGAGUUUCUACUCAGGAAUUCAUACUUUAGAGUGGCCACCAUUAAAGAAAUUGGAAAUAGUCGAUUGUAGCAUGCUUGAAGGAUUGACUUCAGAAAUCACAAGUUCAUCAGAGCAACCAAUUGUUUUAGCUACAAAAAAGGCAAUAUAUAACUUGGAAUACAUGUCGGUGAGCUUGAAGGGAGCAGAGUGGCUGCAAAAAUACAUUGUUAAUGUUCACAGAAUGCACAAACUAGAAGAACUUACUUUGUAUGGGUUGAAGAAUAAUGAAAUUCUCUUUUGGUUUCUUCAUAGACUUCCCAAUUUGAAAAGUCUAACAUUGGGACUUUGUCACAUGAAAAGAAUUUGGACUCCUGAAAGUCUUAGUUCACGUGAAAAAAUAGGCGGUGUUAUGCAACUUAAAGAGUUAGAAUUACGUAGCAUGUGGUUUCUAGAGGAGAUUGGUUUUGAGCAUGAUGUGCUUCUUCAAAGGGUAGAAUGCUUAACCAUCCAUGGAUGCAAAAAAUUGAGAAAUCUAGCAUCAUCCUCGGUAUCUUUUAGUUACUUAACAUCCUUAGAAGUGGUGAACUGUAUGAUGAGGAAUUUAAUGACACUCUCAACAGCUAAAGCCUUAAAUCAACUCACAACGGUGAAAGUAUGUUCAUGUCCAUUAGUUGUGGAAAUUGUGGCAGAAAAUGAAGAGGAAAAAGUACAAGUGGUUGAGUUUAAACAAUUAAAAUCAUUAGAAUUGGUGUCUCUACAAAAUCUCACAAGUUUCUCUAGUGUUGAGAAGUGUGACUUAAAAUUCCCACUACUAGAAAAAUUAGUAGUAAGUGAAUGCCCUCAAAUGAAAAAAUUAUGUGAAGUCCAAAGUGCUCCAAAGCUACAAAAAGUACAUGUUGAAGCAGGAGAAAAAGACAAAUGGUAUUGGGAAGGUGAUUUGAAUGCCACUCUACAAACACAUUUCACAAACCAGGUUUCUUUUGAAUAUUCAAAGGAUAUAAAUCUUGUUGAUUAUCCUGAGAGGAAAGUUCGACAAGGCAAAUUUGCUUUUCCGGACAAUUUCUUUGGUUGUUUGAAGAAACUGGAAUUUGAUGAAGCAUGUGAAAGAGAUACUUUGAUUCCCUCUCAUGUACUUCCUUACUUGAAGAACUUAGAAGAAUUGAAUGUGGAGAAAUGUAAAUCAGCACAAAUAAUAUUUGACAUAGAUGAGAGUGAAAUCCAAACGUAUGGAAUGGUGUUUCGUUUGAAAAAGCUUAUUUUAAGCGACCUGUUAAAUUUAAAAUGUGUAUGGAAGGAAAAUCUUGAAGGAAUUGUCAGCUUUUCCAAUUUGCAAGAAGUGGAGGUUUAUUGUUGUGGAAGCCUGGUAACAUUGUUCCCUUCAUCACUUGCUAAAAAUCUUGGGAAGUUGAAGAGACUUAUAAUAGGGGAGUGUGAGAAAAUGGUAGAAAUAAUUGGAAGGGAAGAUAAAAUGGAACAUGGAACGACAAUAAUGUUCGAAUUCCCUUGUUUGUCAUAUCUACUUCUUGAAAAGAUGCCACUGUUGAGUUGCUUUUAUCCUGAAAAGCAUCAUCUAGAAUGUCCCUUGUUAGCUUGCUUAUAUGUAGCUUGUUGUCCUAAGCUGAAGCUAUUCCGAUCAAGCUCUGAUGAUGAUAGUAAAAGAGAAGUUUUACCAACUAACUUGUUACAACAACCUUUUUUCUCGAUUGAAAAGGUUUCUCCCAAACCGGUGGGAUUGACACUCAAUGAGGAAAACAUUAAGCUUAUGAGUGAUGCAAGUUUGCCUGAAGACCUUCUUUGUAAAUUAAAAUAUCUUAUACUAUCCUUUGAGGAUGAUAACAAUAGGAAAGAUAGUUUGCCUUUUGAUUUCUUUCANAAGCUACCCAAUUUAGAAUGGCUUAGAGUACAGAAAUGCUUUGGUUUGAAGGAGAUAUUUCCCUCUCAAAAACUUCAAGUUCACGAUAGAGGACUUGAGGGAUUGAAAGAAUUACUCUUGGUAGAUCUAAAAGAGUUAGAGUUGGUGGGAUUAGAACACCCUUGGGUAAAACCGUACUCUGAAAAGCUUGAAGUGUUAGUGCUUGACAAUUGCCCUCAGUUACAAAAAAUAGUUCAUUGUGCAGUGUCUUUCAUCAAUCUUAAAGAACUGCAAGUGGUACUUUGUGAAAGGAUAGAGUAUUUAUUCACAUUUGCAACAGUCAAAAGUUUGGUCAAACUUGAGACCCUAAUCAUACAGAGUUGUGAAUCAAUCAAAGAAAUUAUUAAAGAUGAAAAUGAAGACGGCUAUGCUGAGAUGGUAUUUGGACGACUCAAAUCAAUCAAGCUGAAAUCAUUGCCAAGACUUGUAAGGUUUUAUUCAGGGAAGGCCACUCUGCAAUGCUCAUAUUUAAAAGUCGUCAUGGUAGUUAAAUGUCCCAGUAUGAUAACUUUUUCUGAAGGAGUCAUGAAAAUGCCAAUGUUUUCUGGAAUUCAAACAUCUAAGGAUUCUGACUUAACCUUCCAUGACGAUCUCAAUACAACUAUCAAGAAAUUGUUUCAUGAAGAGGUGGAAAAAUCUGCUUGCGAUGUAGAGCAUUUGAAAUUUGGUGAUCACCCUAACCUGGAAGAGAUUUGGCUUGAUGUAGUUCCAAUCUCAAGAAACGAUUGUUUCAACAAUUUGAAAUCUUUAGCUGUGGUUGAAUGUGAAUCUCUCUCCAAUGUUAUUCCUUCCUAUAUAUUACGCUUUCUUUCUAACCUCAAAGAGAUUGAGGUAAGCAACUGUCAAUCUGUGAAGGCAAUAUUUGAUGUGAAUGGUGCAGCAGCAGAUAUGAAACCGAUUUCUCUUCCUUUGAAGAAACUCAUUCUAAAUCAGUUGCCAAAUCUGGAGCACAUCUGGAAUCUGAGUCCUGAUGAGAUUCUGAGCCUUCAAGACUUGGAACAAGUGUCAAUUUCUAACUGUCAAACCCUUAAAAGUUUGUUUCCAACAUCAGUGGCCAAUCAUCUUGUUAAGCUUGAUGUGAGAGCUUGUGCAACAUUGGUGGAAAUUUUUGUAGAGGCUGAAACAGCCUUUGAAGGAGAAACUAAACAGUUCAAUUUCAAUUGUCUGACCUCAAUAACACUAUGGGAAUUGCCAGAGCUCAAGUACCUGUACCUUGGAAAACACACUCUGGAAUGGCCAAUGCUAACACAUCUAGAUAUAUAUCAUUGUGAUCAGUUGAAAUUGUUUAAAACCGAGCAUCAUAGUGAUGAAUUUGCAGAUACAAAGGAUCAAUUCGGUAUUUCAAUACAUCAGCAUGCUGCUUUCUCAGUUGAAAAGGUUUUUCCAAAGUUGGUGCAAUUAUCACUCAAAAAGGAAGACGCCAUGGCAAUUACGCAAGCACAGUUUCAGGAACAUCAAGCAAUCAUUUGCAAAGACAGUAUGACUGGAGAAGGAGAGUUUGGUACAAAAGCUGCACACCUGCUGCAAAAUUUGGAAGUUCUGAAAUUGAUGUGCUAUCACGAAGAUGAUGAGUCAAAUAUAUUCUCCAGUGGGUUACUUGAAGAGAUACCCACCAUAGAAAAUCUUGAAGUGGUCUGCAGUUCCUUCACUGAAAUAUCCUCCUCUCAAACACCUAGAGCUGAUUGUAGCAAAGUUCUUUCAAAGCUGAAAAGAUUACAUUUGAAGAGUCUACAAAAGCUGAUUUCCAUAGGGUUAGAGCAGUCAUGGGUAGAACCCUUAGUUAAAACCGUAGAAACAUUGGAAGUGUUUUGCUGCCCUAGCCUGAAAAGUGUGGUGCCAUCCACCGUGUGUUUUUCAAAUCUUACAUCUUUGAAUGUUGGUGAAUGUGAUGGAAUGGUGUAUUUGUUGACAUCCUCAACAGCAAAAAGUCUAAGUCAACUGAGGAGGAUGUACGUACGGGAUUGCAAAGCAAUAGAGGAAAUAGUGUGGAAUGAUGAGGAAGAUGAUGAAUCCAAUGAUGAAGAGAUAGCAUUUGAGAAACUCAGCGAUAUGUGUCUUGCUUCAUUACCAAGCAUAGUAGGAAUCUGCUCUGAGGCUUUGAAGUUGAAAUUCCCAUCCCUGGAUCAAGUCACUUUAACGGAAUGCCCUCACAUGAAAUAUUCCUAUGUACCUCAUUUGCACCAGUUCAAGCCUCUUUAAAUGAAGACUUUCAUUUUCUUUAGGGUUAUAUUGGUCAUUACGUUGCAGCAAUUCAUGUUAUUUAAGUCAUUUUGUCGUUGGUGUGGUUUGCAACUUAAAACUCUGACUCUGAUGCCAUGAUACAUGAUUGAACUACACUGCAUAUAUGCAUGUAUUCACUUUAUAAA